CGUAGCGGACAUGGCGGGCUCCCGGCUCCCACGGCAGCUCUUUCUCCAGGGCAUGGCUGCCGUCUUCAUGUUUGCCUUCGCUUCCCUCUACACGCAGAUUCCAGGCCUAUAUGGUCCUGAGGGCAUCCUCCCUGCACGGAGGACGCUGAGGCCACAGGGAAAGGGACGCUGGCAGCAACUGUGGGAGACCCCGACACUGCUCUGGGAGGCGCCACUGCUGGGGCUGGACACAGCCCAGGGCCUGGAGCUUCUGAGCCUGCUGGGCACCCUGCUGGCCCUGGGUGCACUGCUGCUGCCCCAGCUGCGCCACCUCCUCACCUACCUGCUGCUCUGGGCCGCCUACCUGUCUGCCUGCCAGGUGGGCCAGGUGUUUCUUUAUUUCCAGUGGGAUUCCCUGCUGCUGGAGGCUGGGUUCCUGGCUGUGCUAGUGGCCCCUCUGAGGCAGCCCCCCCACCACAAGCAGGCUCCCCAGGUCAGGGUGGCAGGGGCCUCGCCCCACGAAGGCCUACCCUUCUGGCUCGUACGCUGGCUGCUGUUUCGUCUCAUGUUUGCAUCGGGCGUGGUCAAGCUGACCAGCCGUUGCCCCGCAUGGUGGGGGCUCACCGCCCUCACCUACCACUACGAGACGCAGUGCCUGCCCACACCAGCCUCCUGGUUCGCCCACCACCUGCCUAUCUGGCUGCACAAGCUCAGCGUGGUGGCCACCUUCCUCAUCGAGAUUGCAGUGCCCCCUCUGUUCUUCGCUCCUGUUCGCCGCCUGCGCUUGGCUGCCUUUUACUCCCAGGUCUUGCUGCAAGUCCUGAUUAUCAUCACGGGCAACUAUAACUUCUUCAACCUGCUCACCCUGGUGCUCACCACCGCCCUCCUGGAUGAUGCUCACCUGCCUGCGAAGUCAGGCAACAGCCGCCGCAGGAGGACGCCCACCUCCUGGCCCAAGGCUCUGCUGGCCAUGCUGUCCCUGCUCCUGGAAUUGGCAGUCUACGGGCUGCUGGCCUACGGCAUGGUACACUGCUUUGGCCUGGAGGUCGACUGGGAGCUGCACGCUGUUCACUCCAAGACAACCUUCACCUUCCACCAGUUCUCCCAGUGGCUAAAGACGGUGACCCUACCAACCAUGUGGCUGGGGGCAGCCUCGCUUGCCUGGGAACUGCUGACUGCCCUCUGGAGGUGGACCCAGGUGCAAGGAUGGCUGCAGAAGUUCUGUGCUGCAGUCCAGCUGUCCAUCUUUGGCACCGCCACGGUGGCUCUGUUCAUGAUCAGCCUGGUGCCAUACUCCUACAUGGAGCCCUCAACCCAUGGACGUCUCUGGACUGGAGCCCACCGCCUGUUUGGCACCGUGGAGCACCUGCAGCUGGCCAACUCCUAUGGUCUCUUCCGCCGGAUGACUGGUCUGGGUGGGCGGCCUGAGGUGGUGCUGGAGGGCAGCUAUGACGGACAUCACUGGACGGAGAUUGAGUUCAUGUACAAGCCCGGGAACGUGAGCCGGCCGCCCCCCAUCGUGACACCCCACCAGCCGCGCCUUGAUUGGCAGAUGUGGUUCGCGGCCCUGGGCCCCCACACGCACAGUCCCUGGUUCACGAGCCUGGUCCUUCGCCUGCUGCAGGGCAAGGAGCCUGUGAUCCGCCUCAUCCAGAACCACGCAUCUGGAUACCCCUUCCACAAGCAGCCACCAACCUAUGUGCGAGCUCAGCGCUAUAAGUACUGGUUCUCGCAGCCUGGGGAGCAGGGACAGUGGUGGCGCCGCCAGUGGGUGGAGGAAUUUUUCCCACCUGUGUCCCUGGGGGACCCGACGCUGGACAUGCUGCUCAGGCAAUUCGGCCUUCAGGACAAGAGCCCACCUCGGGCCCGCAGCUCCAGCAACACCCUGACCCAGGCCCUCCACUGGGUACGGAAACAGCUAUCUGCCCUGGAGGCCCCCACUAUCCUCUGGGGGCUCCUCCUGACCGUGGCCGCCAUUAGGGUCAUGCAGGCCCUACUGGGCCCCCGGUCCCCGCCUCUGGCCAGGGAGGAGAAGCACAGGCCAGCCCCCAGAGAGGACAUUGCCAGCAAACAAGCUGCCCCAGCUCCCAACAACAGCAGUGGUUCCCAGACCCCCCGACGGAAAAAGUAGUUGCGUCCUAUCAGCUGCACAUCUCAAGGGGGUCGGGGUUCCAGCUCCUCUCUGGCCUUCUGCAGCAGGAUACGGCCCAGCCACCGUGCCUUAGCCAACCGCCACACAGACCCAGGUUGGGGUGCUGCCCUUCUGCUCCCAGGGCCUACCUGUCCCCCCACACCAGCCACAUUCUGUCCGAGGUCACCUUCUCACCUGAUCGAUGGCUCAGGAGGGCCGUGUGUGACGUGGCUCGGCGUCCUUCCCAGGACGUGGUCAGCAGGCCUGUGGGAGGCUCUUUCCCUCUGCCCCUACUGUAGGGGUCCGAGUCUGAUGGCCCUGGCCCCAGCCCCUGCACAAGGGAUGAGGCUGACCUGCUGAGGAAGAGGUGGAAAGAUGGCCCUGAGGUCAUGUCCACACCAGCCUGUCCCAUCGUUCGGAUCUGUGAGCCAAUAAAGGCAAUUUGUGCUUGAC